AUUCCAUUCAUUCCGCUCUCUAUUUCAGUGCACUCUUUACAGGCCUGUCUGAUUUUUCUUCAGCACUCAAUGUAUAUAUUAGGUGUGUGCUAGAUUUGAGCUGCAAAUGUGAGGUAGUAUAAAAACACUGGAAUUUAGCGAUGGCCGAUUCAGAUAAUUCUCAGCAUUCUAGUUUUGAUGAAGGUGACGAUAAACGAGAAGUGAAGUACCGACAAUGUGACGACAUGUUAAGCAGAAGAUUGGCAGGUAACAUGCCAGCUGCACUUCGGAAAAAGAAGAUUGAAACAAGUUACAAACAGUUCAUUACCCCAACUGGUGAUCCAAUGAAUUAUGUCAAAAAACACAUGAGGAGCAAAAGCAUGAGUGAUCUUGGUGUAGAUCAACAAAAACGAGAAGAACAAGACGAGCGAAACGCUCGUUAUUACGAACUUCAAAAACUGAAGGAACAAUUAAAAGAAGAAGAAGAAUCCUGGUCUUCUAAUCUUCAAAGUUGGAAAUCGAGAAGAAGAAGCGCGACCAUUGAUGCGAGGAAACGAAAAGAAGAUCGGGAGAUCAUUGAACAAGAGAGCACGAACAAAUCUCGAAGAAAACCAAAAACUUACAAGGAGAUGCUUGAACAAAAAAAAUACCGAGAUUCCGCUUUCUUUGAUGACAGCGACAACCUUGUUGCUGUGAUCCCUCCAAACAAUGCUAUCAGCAAACCAAGUGAAACUAAAUCAUAUUCAACAUACAAAAAAUCCACCACACCAACGAUACCUUCACAAUCCCCCCCUACAACUACGUAUUUAUCAAAAGUUGAAGCCGUGAUCAAGCCAGUUCAGUCAAACCCAUCAAGUACUGCAGUCAACACAAGCCCUCCUCAACAAAACACAUACAACAGAUACUCAAGCGUCAAAUCUUUCACUUUACCGAAGAAAAAUGUUGAAAAUAAGUUUCCCGCCAAAACCGAUUCUGUCCCUAAAAUGACAGAUUAUGUUCCUAAAACGACGGUUGUUAUGCGUAAUAAACCAGCUGCUGCAAAUAGUUAUCAAAAAGAGCGUCCAAAAUCUGCUUACAGCGAUUUAUCGAGCUUAAGGUCUUCAACAUUACCAAAGGAUUAUCAUAGCUAUUCAACUCCUAAACCAUUCACCAAAAGUAAUACCAGCACUUUCUCUCAACAACGAAGAACGGCGUUUGCUAACAAGCGGAAUAUGUGGGAAAACAUAGGGAGUCAGACCAAUCAACCAGUUACCACGGAACCGAAACACUUGGCCACGUUACUGCGUGAUGAUAAUGCCCCGACAAUCACGCCGCAAAACGAAGAAAAAGUAAAACCGGCUGUAGUCAACCCAGUUCGUGUUGAGCCAACACCACAACCGAAAGUACAAGCUAAAAUUGAAACGCCAAUCAAUUUUCAGAGCAAGGAUAAUACUGUGUAUGCGCCAAAAAUAUCAGUUACAUCCAGUGCUAAAAAUAAGUCCUCCACAAUCGAAGCUUUAUUUGAUGAUAUGAAGAUAUGUAUCAACCAAAGACCACGCAGUGAAAAAGGAUUUGGGUUUACUGUGCGAGGUGGAGACGAUGGAAAACCAGUAAUUGUUAACACGGUUACACCUGGUGGUGCUGCCAGUGUGUGUCAGCUAUGCAUCGGAGAUGAAAUUCUUGCGAUUAAUGAUGUUCGUCUGUCAUCAACACUAACACAAGAUGAAAUUGUUCAACUUAUAGUUGAUAGCGUAAUCACUGGAAAUCUGGGCCUUGAUAUCAGAAGAUAUGGAAAAUCGAAAAAAUCAAAUCCGUUGCGUUUGUCGGGAACGAAAGUCGUCAUGACUUCGGGAGGUUUUGUUCAAGUUCGCUCCGACAAAGGAAAAGAACUCGUCGUUUCUGCAAACCCAAAGAAUAAUAUGAAUGAAGAACCCAUGACCAAACUAGGGGAAGAAAAGUUUGAAAAUGUCAAAAUAGAAGUUUCACCGCCGCUACCACCUCCACCCCCACCACUAGCCCGCCCCACACAAUAUAUUCCACCGUCAACUUCAAAGCAAAACAAUGGUGUUUCACCACGCACAAGUGCUUCAAGUUCAUUGAACAGAACAGUAAGGAUGCCAACAAAAUUUCAAGAAACACCAAGUGUGGAAAUUGAUGGCCUUCUUAAUAAAACUAAGAACACAAAUCAUUCUAAUAUCCCACCCGCGCCUGUGGUGUAUAAUGGAAACAUGAAUCAACCAAGUCAGCUUAAAAGCCAGUUGUUGAAAGAAAGCCAAACCUUGGACGAACAAGAAGCAAAACUUCAGGAAGAAAAAAGGAAGAGAAUCGCUGAAGCAAAACUGGAAGAUGCAAGAUUGGAAGAAGAGCUAUUAAAAAUUGAGAAUUACAAAUUGGAACAACAAAAAAGAAGGGAAGAAGAGAAACAGAAAUUGGUGGAGGAUAAACCAUUUAACCUACAUGUAAGCCCAGCAUCAUACAGUGAGCGUGGGUUAAGUCAUUGGUUGAUUGAAGAAGCUGAACGCAGUAGAGUUGCUCAACAAGAAGGGAGGGCAAGAUUCAACGCUUUUCAACAAACUAAUGACCACCCCAGAGGUGUGCUUCCGGACAUGGUGAUACAAAGACUCACAAAACAGGCACAAAACCCUCGAAACACAAAUUAUUCUCAUCCAAACUUGCCGGGUACACUUAAAGAUUUAUGGAAUGAUCCCAGCACACAGGCUACUCUGUUAUAAGACAAUCUGUAUGACUUGUUAUUAUAUAACUUCUGUAUAUACGCUCGCCACACUUACAGUUCCUUUCAGGUUUUCUUUUAACACUGUAAUUAUAGCAUGUUUUUCAUGAGUGCUAGAUUAGUUUAUAUCAUUUUAUUAUAAAAAAGUUAAAAGAAUUUUCUGUAAUUAUCCGUUUUUCACACCCAUCACUUUUUAAACUAAAAUUUAAAAAAAAUGUGUCAAAGUACCAUUUUCAGCACAAAAAAAAACAAGCGCGGUUCAUUUUACAGAAAAAUCAGCUAACACGAGGUACAUUUGAUCACACGCGGUGCUUUUUAAUAUUCUAUAUAUGUGGCUACUAACACAUAAUGCCUUUAAAUCCUCAUUGUGCUACCUUUUCAGUAUUAUGUAUACAAGUCUCAAUGAAUUUGCAUUCUAUGAAAUACUGGUACAUUCAAUUUGGGGACUGGUUGCAGUUAUUUGGUUGAAAUGGUGUUAAUUCAAACUUUCUACUGUGAAGCUGUCACAAAGUUUAAGUAAAAAAGCUAUAAUUUUAUCGGUAAAAAAAACAAUACUAAAUAUUUAAUCGUUUUUGCCAAUCCUUGUUCUUUGUCAUAUAUUCUAAAAGUUUAAAUUUUAAUUUUUUUACUUUUUAUCUUGUCAACAGCUAUUCAAAUGUUCAAAUUCGAUAAAAAGUAAUUGAAUGUGGCUACUAUGUUUUGCUACUGGUCGCUAUUAGUUUUGUAGUAUUAUGCUUGAUGUAAAUAGCUGAAUUAAAAUGUUUCAAAAAAUUUUGGGUAGAUCAAUCGCCGUAUUGAAGUGAAACGUUUAAUUGUCAAUAUAAAUAAUACUCAAUCAAUUUUCUACCGUCAUAUAUGUGUAGCUGUUAGAAUAAAAAACAUAUUUAAAA